UGAUUUUUUUAAAAAAAGGAUUAGAGAAAGUAUGUUAUUUAGAUGAGACUGGGGCUUCAGUUAGCCUUCUUCUUGCAAUCUUGUCUCAUUUAAACAGUUUCUGGGAAUUUUGAAGAGGAAAACAACUCAGAGGAGGAUGGAGCUAACGUGGACAGGAGUUCUGCUUCUUCUCUGUGUACUUUUCAUCCUUUUCUCAUCUUUCCAAAUGUACCAGAAAAAAGGGCAGCUGCCCCCUGGACCUACUCCAUGGCCUAUUCUGGGGAACCUCUUGCAGCGAGAUGUACUACCUUUGUAUUUACAUUAUCAAAAGCUUGCUGUGAAAUAUGGACCUCUCUUUACUGUCUGGAAUGGAUCACGACCAAUGGUUGCUCUUUGUGGGUACAAGGUGGUAAAAGAAGCUUUGGUAGAUCAUUCAGAAGAAUUUGGUGGGCGAACUGAAAUGCCUACACAUAAUCGAAUGUUCCAAAAUAAAGGUCUGACCACUACCGAUGAGAAGAAAUGGAGGGAGCUGCGACGGUUCACAUUGUCCACCUUGCGCGAUUUUGGGAUGGGGAAGAAAAGAAUGUCUGAGAGGGUGCAGGAGGAAGCUCUUUGUCUGGUGGAGGAAAUAGCUACCACAAAAGGUUAAAAAAAAAAAAUCUGGAAAGGAUUUGUUGCAUUAAACUAAGUUGCAGGAAAACUAGAUUGUAAACCUAAACUCAAAUCCAUAGCACUUAAAUGCAUGUAAUAAAGAAAAACUUAGAUAGGCAGUGAAUGUCCUCCCUCCCUUUUAUUUUCACAGUAUUGUUCAGAAGCAAAAGGAAAAGUACUAGAGCUAUUUCU